UCAGCGGAAGUCGGAUCUAUAAAGCGCAUUUCUAGGCGCUGUGACCUCCGCUUUUCGUCGGGGUCAAACAGCCAUCAAAGCCCUUUCAGGAAGCAGGAGCAGGGGGAGUUAAGUCGACGUUUGUUGUUUGCACCUGCAGUGCCGUCCGGUCAGAGGACCAGCACCGUGUUUCCUCGGUGUGGGCAGUGGUGUCUUCACUGGCGAAUGAAUGGCAAUGACGGCAGCGAGAGCGGUGGCAGCGGGGGGCCCGGCGUCUUUGUCCCGGUUCAGGGGUGCGCUGGUCGCGGGUGUCUUGGGUGACUGUGUCGGAGGGGAGUUUGAGGGUGCAGAGGAGGUACCCAUGGAGAGGGUGUUGCAGCACCUGAACAGCCUGGACGAUGAGACUAAGGGAAAUGGUAUCCUUGAUUACAGUGAUGACACUGCAAUGGCACGCUGUGUGGUCCAGUCUCUGCUCACCAGGACAGGAUAUGAUGAGCAGGACAUGGCUCGCAGGUUUGGUAAGGAGUUUAGUACAUCCCCAGGUCGAGGAUAUGGUUCUGGUGUAGUCCAAGUGUUGAAGAAGCUCUCUGCCCCACAACUCAGUGACGUGUAUCAACCAGCCAGGGCCCAGUUUAAUGGUCGAGGCUCGUUCGGGAAUGGGGGGGCCAUGAGGGCUGCCCCAUUUGCACUGGCUUUCCCAGACCUCGCUGAUGUUAAGAGGUUUGCUGGCCUGGGUGCUAUGCUGACCCACUCCUGCUCUCUGGGAUACAACGGUGCAAUUCUGCAGGCAUUGGCUGUCCACCUCGCCCUGCAGGGGGCACUGGACCCACCUCAGCAGUUCAUCAACAGGCUAAUUGCAGAGAUGGAGGAAGUGGAAGAUAAUGAAGUGACACGCAAUGAUGCAAGAAUCCUUAAGGAAGCUGAGAAACCAUUCUGUGAGCGCCUUCAUAGAGUUCGAGACCUAAUUGACAGGAGCAAGGUCAGCAUAGAGGAAGUCAUCUCAGAACUGGGUAACGGUGUUGCAGCACUCCACUCUGUCCCCACUGCCAUCUUCUGUGUCCUACAUUGUCUGCAACCCCGUGAAUGCCUCCCCGAGAGCUACGGUGGCCUGGAGAGGACAAUAGCUUACAGUCUGGCUCUAGGAGGAGACACAGACACAAUAGCCUGCAUGGCUGGGGCCAUCGCCGGAGCCCACUAUGGCAUCGAGGCCAUUCCUCAGUCCUGGAUAAAGUGCUGCGAGGGAGCAGAAGAUGCAGAUGUGAAUGCAGGGAGGCUUCAUGCUCUGUACUAUCAGUCAGCAAAGGGGGGUGGGAGUGGGAAUGAGAAUGAGAGGGGAGAGCAGAGCUGCGACGACAGAUCUAAAAAUGCUUCUAACGGCACAGAGAAGAAGACCAGAGCAGAAUGAUUAUUCAGCUGGAUUCAGACAAAAGGACUCACACACACCA